GCCCCGCCCGGCCCCGCAGUCGCCCCGUGUCGGCCAUGGCGUCCCCGUCGCGGCGGCUGCAGACGAAGCCGGUGAUCACCUGCCUCAAGAGCGUCCUGCUCACCUACACCUUCGUCUUCUGGGUGUCGGGCAUUGUGCUGCUGGCCGUGGGCAUCUGGGGUAGGGUGAGCCUGGCCGUCUACUUCUCCCUGUUGGACGAGAAAGCCACCAAUGUCCCGUUCGUCCUGGUGGGCGCUGGCACCGUCGUUGUCCUCCUGGGCACCUUCGGCUGCUUCGCCACCUGCCGUGGCAGCACCUGGAUGCUCAAGCUGUAUGCCAUGCUCCUGUCCCUCAUCUUCCUCAUCGUCCUGGUGGCCGCCAUCGUGGGGUUCGUCUUCAGGCACGAGAUAAAGACAAACUUUGAGAGUAACCUGGAGCUGGCCUUGAAGGACUACAACGUGACGGCGGAUCGGCACAGCGAGGCCGUGGACACCAUCCAGAGAACGCUGCACUGCUGCGGGGUGCAGAACUAUUCUGACUGGGAGAGGACUGAAUACUUCAGCCAGAGGGGCAUCCCCCGCAGCUGCUGCAAGAACCAGAACGACUGCUCGGAAGAAGAUCUGAAAGACCCAAACAAGGCCAAGCUGAAAGUGUUUGUGGAUGGUUGUUUUUUCCUGGUAACGUCAACAAUGGAGUCCAAAAUGAGCGUUGUGGCCGGAAUCUCCUUUGGCAUCGCGUGUUUCCAGUUGAUUGGCAUCAUUCUCUCCUGCUGCCUGUCCCGGUACAUCACGAACAAUCAGUAUGAGAUGGUGUAGCUGGCCCCCAGCUCUCUGUGCCUGUGGCUGGCCUGUGUCAUUUCAGCCUGUGUCAUCUCAGCCUGUGCAUAAAUCCAUCCUGUCUGCUGACACUGUGCUGUGUGCAUUGCAGGGAAUGGCUGGGGAGGAUGCCUCCACCUCCAGUUUUCCUCUGGAUGCCACGUCGUGAAAUCUUGCUUUGAACUGACUGAUCUUCUUCUCAACUAGCUCAUAGAAGGGAGUGCAGCAUCUGUCCUGGUGCACUCAGGGACUUGUCCUGACACUACUCUGCUGUGCCACCGCCUGGGAUAAUAAUUGGUGUGGCUGUGGUGGCUGCAGGCAGGUGCUCCUGCAGGCACUGCAGCCCCUGGCUCGUGCCCCGAGUGCCACACUGUGCUGAACUGCUGUGCUGGUGGCCUCCCGGGUGUCCCAGUGCUCAUCUUCAGUGCCUCCACUGGGAAAGAGAUGCUUCCCUUCCCUCGGGCAGCCCCUGGACAUCCCCUCACUCUCCAGACACAGUUGUUCUUGAGAUAGGGCUGUUAAAACACAGUCCUGCCUGCCUGAAGCCUUGGCUCAGCAAGGUUGUUGCCAAGCUGUCUCCUCCCUCCCCUGGGUUUUAUAUACUUUUUUAUAGUUGUACUUCUCUAAGUACGGGCUGUAGUGGUUCUUUGUAAGCUGUAGUGAGGUUUGGUGAUGUAGCUCCUGGUGCCUUUACCUUGGUAGGUGUCCUUGCACCGAUUCAGCUGUGACUUGAUUGUCAGUAUUAUAUGCUGCUUCAACUCAUUUUAUGUAUUGAGUAGAAUUCUUUUUGUCCUGAGACACAAUAAAUAUUAAGAUAUUUUACUCUAUGAAA